CGAGGGGGGCGAAAAUGCAACUGGGCGAAGGCCUCCAAAGUUGCCUUCCCGGCCUCACGGUUCCCUCUGUUCUCCCCCCGCCUGGGUUUCUCAGUGGUGUCCAUCGAAGACCCCUUUGACCAAGACGACUGGCCCGCGUGGAAGAAGUUCACGGCCGAGUCGGGGAUCCAGGUGGUGGGGGACGACCUGACGGUGACCAACCCCAAGCGCAUCGCCAAAGCUGUGCAGGAGAAGUCGUGCAACUGCCUCCUCCUCAAAGUGAACCAGAUCGGCUCGGUCACCGAGUCGCUCCAGGCCUGCAAGCUCGCCCAGUCCAACGGGUGGGGCGUGAUGGUGAGCCAUCGCUCCGGAGAGACGGAAGACACCUUCAUUGCAGACUUGGUGGUGGGUCUGUGCACCGGACAGGUGAGCGUUUGCCUGCCCCAAAGGUUGCUGUGGGGGGGGGGGGG